AUGAUACUCACUCUCAUCUUUCUCUCUCUAAACCUCUCCCCUCUCUUUCAUUCCGCCAUAGCCAGAGGCUCUGCGCACCAUCGCUCCAAGAACUCAGGUUACAUUGAAAGUACAUAUGAGCAUUCGAGGAGGCGGUUGAAUUCCCUGACUGAAUUUAAAAUGUCUGAGGAAGAGUACAUUGAAAAGCUUGAAAAAUUAGCCCAAGGAUAUAUGAGUAAUACUGAUCUUGAGAGGGAAAUGAAGGAAUUUAACAGCCGAUGUCGUAAUAUUUCCAGGUUAUACAGUAUUGGGAAAAGUGCACUUGGAGUUCCCUUGUGGGCAUUGGAAAUAUCUGACAUGCCAGGGAAAAUAGAGGCUGAGCCGGCUUUCAAGUUCAUUGGAAAUGUGCAUGGUGAUGAACCUGUAGGCCGCGAACUUCUGCUGCUUCUAGCAAAUUGGCUUUGCAAUAAUUAUAUGAAGGACCCCUUGGUGACCUUGAUCGUUGAUAAUGUCCACCUUCAUAUACUUCCAACCAUGAAUCCUGAUGGAUUUUCUCUGAGGCGGCGUGGUAAUGCAAACAGCAUUGAUUUAAAUAGAGAUUUCCCAGACCAGUUUUUUACCAUGAAUGAUGAUAUGGACUCACGGCAACCUGAAACAAAAGCAAUCAUGAGUUGGACGGAAAAUAUACACUUCACAGCAUCUGCCAGUCUGCAUGGGGGGGCACUCGUUGCAAAUUACCCAUGGGAUGGAACUGAAGAUAAAAAGAGAUAUUACUAUGGAUGCCCUGAUGACCAGACUUUCAGAUUUUUAGCCAGUUUAUACAGUAGAUCCCACUAUAACAUGUCCCUAAGCAAAGAGUUUCCAGGAGGGAUAACAAAUGGAGCAUUUUGGUAUCCGAUAUAUGGUGGAAUGCAAGAUUGGAAUUAUAUUAAUAGUGGAUGCUUUGAACUUACACUGGAGAUUAGCGACGACAAAUGGCCCAAUGCUACUGAGCUUCCAACUCUAUGGGAAUACAACAGAAUGAGUAUGCUAAACCUUGUUGCCAGUUUGGUUAAGACAGGAUUACAUGGACAGAUUUCUUCUUCCGAUAAUGGAAGACCUUUACCAGCAUCAAUAGCUAUAAGGGGGAUAAACUCUACGGUUGCUGCUACCAAGAAGCUUGCUGAUUACCAUCGUGUGCUAGCUCCUGGCGGAAAGUAUGAAGUUAUUGCAACCAUGCCGGGAUACAGACCAAAGAGUGCUUGUGUUGUACUCGGGCAGAGCGCAGUUACGGUAGAUUUUAUUCUUGAUCCCGAGACUAACUCUGAGGGUAGCAAGCCUUUAGAGGAUUCCGGCUGCUAUUUUGACAACACAAUCGGAGUUCAAGUAAUGGACUUUAUGCCCGUGCCGCGUUUGGAAAUCCCUGUAAUAUUUAUUUUAAUGUUGGGAUUUCUUUUCUUCUUAUUGAAGAGGAGAGUAAGAUCGAAUCAUCUUAACCAAAAACAGACGACACCAGUGUCCAAACGAGCUGUCGUAUGA